CAAUUAAAAAUAUAAUUGUGUUAUCAAUUUUUAAUUCUGUUCUUGAGCUUUGCUCAUACAGACCAGUUUAUUUUUUUGUACGUUCAGUUUGUUUUAAACAAGCUCUUACAUUAAAACUUUUGGCAUAUUUUAACAUUAAAAUCUAUAGCAAUUUGCCUCUAUCUUUAAGAAAAUUAGUGCUUAUCUCCGACAGUUCACAAAUGUUCAAAGAUUAUUGUAUGCUAUAUACAGAUGCAUCAAAAAAUAUUGAAGGUGUGGGGUGUGCCUAUUGGGAUAGCAGUAAUAAAAUUAGUAAAAUGUUUAAACUAAAUUCUAUUAUGAGUAUAUACACAGCUGAAUUAAUAGCGAUAAUGGAAGCACUAAAAUAUUUAUCUAAUAUAAAUCAUUCAAAGUUUAUAAUUUUUAAUGACAGUAAAAGUUCUCUUAGUAAAAUUAGUGCUAUAAAUCCUAAAUCAAAAGUGAACUACAUUGAAUUAUAUAUCAUAAAUAAAAUUAAAGAACUUCAGCAACAAGGAAAGUCUGUUAAGUUGGCAUGGGUUAAAAGCCACUGUGGGAUAACUGGAAAUGAAAUGGUAGAUGAAUUGGCUAAAAACGCGGUGACACAAGGAGUAUUAACCCAUUAUCUUUGUACGCCAAAAGAUAUUGAAUCAAAUUUAUUCAAAGAGAUUAAGAAAGAAUGGAAAGAAAGGUAUAUUGAUGAAAAAGUAAAUACAGGAAACCACUACAGAUCAAUCAGAAACUAUAUAACGGAUAAACCUUGGUUUUCUAAAAUGGAGUCGACAAAAGAUAUGACAAGAACCAUAUGCAGAAUGAGAUUUGACCGCUGUCUUACUCCAUCAUAUUUAUUUAAAAAUAAUAUAGCUGAUACUCCACAAUGUAUUUGUGGACAGUUGGGCAAUCUACAACACACAAUUUUGACCUGUUCUGUUAUCUCUAAUAUAGUUAAUAUGUUUUUAAAUUCACUGUAUUCUUUGACUGAUGUCCACCAUCCCAUUAAUUUAAAUUAUUUAUUAACAUUAGAAAAUAAUGAGUUGGUAUACCGACUAUUGUAUAAACAUAUUUUAGAUAUUAAACUUAAAUUGUAAUUGUAAAAUAUAGAGUAAGGGAGAGUUGGACAAAACCGGGUACCACUCCAAAAACCGUCUGUAUCUUUUGCUAUGUGAGAGUAGCAAAUGUUUGCUGCAGAUUGAAAUAUUCUUAAAUGACUUAAGUUUGAUAUGCCAAUGCCAAUUUUUAAGAAUAUUCUUAGAUUUUUAAUUUUUUUUUAUUUUUAUGAAAAUAUUGCAAAAUACCCGGUUUUGUUCAACCGGUAUGAUAAAACCGGGUAGUAACAUAAUUACAGUGUAAAAAUACUAAUGUGCAGAAAAUAAAAUAUUUAUUAAAAGUAUGUGAACAAAAAUCGAAAAUAUAUGAACAGAAGUCACAAAUAAAAACUUCACUUACAUUAUCAUAGGCACUACAGGCGUCAUAAGCCCAUUUGGUGCAAGACACACAUUUUAUCCAGCCUUCCUUCGCAUUAUAAUUUAAAAAUAGUUAAUUGUAAUAUAUACACGCAUCGUCAUUAUUAUCUUCUUUCUCCAAACUCUCUAAAAGUUUGUUUUUGGUGCAGCCCUUUUUACCACGUUUUUUCUUUUUUUUGUCCAGUUCAUUUCGUUCUAUUUUUUUUUUACGACUGGAGAUUUUUUAUAAUUUUUCCUACUAGCUUCUUCAACAGAAGAAGCCACACGUUGUAGUUAA